AUGACGAAAGGAAGCAGCAUGAUGGCUAUGAAGGAAUGGUUUGAGGGUGGAAGAGUUGCCAUUGCUAUGCUAACGGUACAAGUCAUUAGCGGCGCAUUACAGAUUAUGGCCAGAAUAAUAUUCAAUCAAGGAACCUUUGUUUUUGCUUACUUGUUUUAUCGGCAUGUUGUGGGUGCAGUUUGCAUCGCUCCUCUUGCUCUUCACCGGGAAAGAGACGGUGGUAAGAAGUUGAGCUGGGGCAUUUUCUUGUGGCUCUUCGUGGUUGCACCAACCGGGUUGACCAUGGCGCUGGGACUUUUCUGUUAUGGCAUGUCAGAUACCACUGCGACAAUGGAAAAGGUUCAGCUGCGCACCAAAGUUGGGAAAAUGAAGAUUUUGGGUACAGCAAUAUGUUUUGGCGGUGCACUAAUCAUGGCUUUGUACAAAGGCAAGGCCUUCUACAUUAUUCACCGCACCCAGAAGCACCAUCGUAUGCUAACAAAAUCUAAGCCUCAAAACCGGACUCUUGGAACCAUAUUCCUAAUUGGCAGCUGCUUGUCUAACUGUUUCUGGUUUAUAUCACAGGGAACUUUGGCCACAGCUCUAUCCUUUUGCAUGAUUUCUUGGGCUGUAGCAGAACGAGGUCCUUGA